GAACUAAAUUUGGUGUAGCAAAAAAUGUGACUCUAAUUUCUGUUAAGGUGUGCGAUGCUUCAGGAGGUUGUGAUGGCAGCGCCAUUCUUUCAGGAAUAAGCUUUGUAGGAAAGCAACAUACGAAAAGCAAUAACAAGAAUACAGUGAUUAAUAUGUCCUUAGGUGGAUUUGGCAAUGAUUUUAAUAAUGCGGUUGUUGCAGUAGGAAAAAUGGGUGUCCAUGUCGUUGUUGCUGCUGGAAAUGAUGCAACUAAUGAUUGUCUUGUAACACCAGCAUCAGCACCUAAUGCCAUAGCAGUUGGAGCUACUGAAACUGAUUCUGAUGCUAUUGCAAUUUUCUCAAACUUUGGAAAUU